AUGGUCUCUCAUCGAGGCUACUACAUCAAUCCCAACACAGCGAUCAACAUUGAUACCAAGUUUGUCCCCUGUCCGCCGGGCCUCUUCCGACGGUACAUGUUUGUGCCGCUCGUUGGGGAUUACCUCACCCUAGAGUCCCUCCUCCAGGCCAUGUUUCAGACCGUGCAGGCAGGCGAGGGGAUCGGCGGGGUCCAAGUAGAUGACACGCGUUUGGGCGGGGUCUGGUUCCAGUUCAUCGUGACGGAAGAGGGGCUUAUCGAGCCCCGACAGCACCUGGAAGCGGUGGCGGAUCUAGAGAAGAGGAUCUUGGGCUUGAUGGAGUUGAUCAACCUUGACCGCGGGUUUACACGCUGCCAGGCGGGCGUCUUCCGACGGUUCAUGUUCGUGCCGCUCACAGGGUACUACUUCACCCAGGUGUCCCUCCUCCAGGCCAUGCUUUCCACCGUGAGAGCGGGCGAGGGGAUCUCCGCGACCGGUAUAGAUGUCAUGCGUGCGGGAGGGGUCUGGUUCCGGUUUGAUGUGGUAGAGGAGGGACUUAUUGAGCCCCGACUGCGCUUGGAAGCGAUGGCGGAGCUGAAGAUGCGGAUUUUGCGUGUGGUGGGGAUAUGA